CUUCAAUAACAUACAUAGAGACAAACAAGAGUGCAAGCUCAUCUUCUUGGCUUCUCUCUCAGUAUACUUGUACUGCUACUAUAUAUACUGUUAUCAAGUAUAUUAUAAUACUUUUCUGGCUUUCUUCUUGUUUACAUAUAUAUAUAUAUACUAGUCCUCUUUAAUUCUUGGUUAUAGAUUGUAGAGCAAUAUGGACAAUGAAGAGGUUCCAUCAGCUCCUUCAACACCAGCAACACCAGGAACUCCUGGUGCUCCUCUCUUUGGUGGUUUUAAAGGGGACAGAGGUAAUGGCAAUGGUGUUGGCUUUGGUAGGAAAUCCCUUCUCAAGAGUUGCAAAUGCUUCAGCGUUGAAGAAUGGUCUCUUGAAGAAGGCAGAUUGCCUCCUGUCUCUUGCUCACUUCUCCCUCCUCCUGUGUCUCUUGCAAGAAAGGUGGGAGCUGAGUUCAUAGGCACACUUAUACUGAUGUUCGCAGGGACAGCUACAGCUAUUGUCAAUCAAAAAACACAAGGCACAGAAACUCUAAUAGGCUUGGCUGUCUCUACUGGACUAGCUGUUAUGAUAGUAAUAUUGUCAACUGGCCAUAUCUCUGGAGCCCAUCUCAAUCCAUCUAUCACCAUUGCUUUUGCUGCCCUCAGACACUUCCCAUGGAAACAUGUGCCGGUGUAUAUUGGAGCACAAGUGAGUGCAUCAGUAUGUGCAGCAUUUGCAUUGAAAGUGAUAUUUCAUCCAUUUAUGAGUGGAGGAGUGACAGUUCCUUCAGGAGGAUAUGGUCAAGCUUUUGCUUUGGAAUUUAUUAUUAGCUUUAAUCUUAUGUUUGUCGUCACUGCUGUUGCCACCGACACUAGAGCUGUGGGGGAGUUGGCAGGAAUCGCGGUUGGGGCCACUGUGACGCUCAACAUACUGAUCGCUGGGGAAACGACAGGUGCAUCAAUGAACCCAGUGAGAACAUUAGGGCCAGCCAUAGCUGCAAACAACUACAAAGCCAUAUGGGUAUACCUCACGGCCCCAAUCCUUGGUGCACUGUGUGGAGCUGGAAUUUAUUCUGCAGUCAAACUGCCGGAAGAAGAUGGUGACGCUCGUGAAAAGCCUUCAACAGCAAGGAGCUUCAGAAGGUGACUGAAUAUUAAAACCAUUAGCAGAUGUAUACAAAUAAUCCUGAACUCUGUUAUAUAGAAGUGCAGAUAAUUCUACAUCAUGGGAAUAAUAUCAAAAUAUUGCAAAUUGAAUUACAUAGACAUAUAUGCAUGCAAGAGAGAUAAAACAUGCAUAGAUUGAGACUGCGAUUCUAUCACAAGUGCAGACAACUUUAACUUCACCUAUAAAAAGUACAUAUUUGAAUUCUGUAAAGAUGUUCUAAGAAUUGCAUUUCAGUGCUCAAAAACACUUGUCAUUUACAUCUUCCUCCUA